CAAUUAAUGUGAAUCUGUUAAUCUGUAGCAGACAAUGCUGCUAAGGCAUGAGUAAGCAAAUGAUCCCAUUUUCUCAAACAGGUGCGGACUGACAACUCAUGGGGCCCCAGGCAAUAGGGGAUCAUGGGGCCCCUGUGUCCUUGCCCAAACUCAAAAAAGCCUAUGAAAAAAGGUACCAGGGGCAUCUCAUGGGGCCCCCUACUGACCCCAGGCCCUCGGGCAGAGUCCGAGUUUCCAAAUGGUCAGUCCGCCCCUGUUCUCAAAAU